CCAGAAAUCGCCAAAGCGUUGCAGCGGCCGCAGCCGAGGCGGCGCGCGGGUUCCCGGAUGUGCGCCGUUCGCCGAAGCCCCGCCCUCGCCGCCGGCUCCUCGCGCGCCCCCGCCCUCCGCCCCGCUGCGCCCCGCUUUCCCCUCCCUCUCCUGCCCUCCCCCGUUUUCGUGCCUUGAGGUUGCGGGUCAGCGCGAGCCACCGCAGUGAGUCCGUCACGGCUCCGGCGCGAGCGCGAGGCUACAGCCCUCGAGCCGCCUGGCUCCCUUUCCCCCUUCUCCCCUUCUUGUGCUUCUCUGUCUCUCCUCUUUCUUGCCGUGUCUUCUCCCGCUCUGUCUCUGAAUCUCGACCUUAAUUUCUCUUCUGCCAGCCCGCUCCCGCGUGCCCAGUCACCCAGCCGGCGCGGGCCCCGUGGCGCCGCUUCCCCUCCCCCAGCCUGCACCCCCUCCCCCGCGGGCGUCCUGAGGGCCGCAGCCGCCCCAGCCGAGCGCAGCUGGGCCGCCGCCGCUUCCUGCGGGACCCGUUUGAGCGCCGACACUCUCCUCCGCCCGAGCGAGCCGCUGACCGCCCAGCAAAAUGGGAAAUGAGGCAAGUUAUCCUUUGGAAAUGUGCUCACACUUUGAUGCUGAUGAAAUUAAAAGGCUAGGAAAGAGAUUUAAAAAGCUUGAUUUGGACAAUUCUGGCUCUUUGAGUGUGGAAGAGUUCAUGUCUCUGCCUGAGUUACAGCAGAAUCCUUUAGUUCAGCGAGUAAUAGACAUAUUCGACACUGAUGGGAAUGGAGAAGUAGACUUUAAAGAAUUCAUUGAGGGAGUCUCUCAGUUCAGUGUCAAAGGAGAUAAGGAGCAGAAGUUGAGGUUUGCUUUCCGUAUCUAUGACAUGGAUAAAGAUGGCUAUAUUUCCAAUGGGGAACUCUUCCAGGUGCUGAAGAUGAUGGUGGGGAACAAUCUGAAAGAUACACAGCUACAGCAAAUUGUAGACAAAACCAUAAUAAAUGCAGAUAAAGAUGGAGAUGGAAGAAUAUCCUUUGAAGAAUUCUGUGCUGUUGUAGGUGGCCUAGAUAUCCACAAAAAGAUGGUGGUAGAUGUGUGACUCUUUUUCAAAGAGUGUACCACCCAACACUUUUGCUUUCUUCUCCAUCUCUGAAGAUCUGCUCAAGACGUCCAGCAAUGCUCUCUGUGUAUUUAAAUGGAAGUAUUUUUCUCUGUGAAGCCACAUUUUCCAACAUGAGCCUCAUGAAGCCAACUGUUAUUGAACUCUUUAUUCUCUCAAUAACUCAGUGUAGCACUUUAAAGUCUGAAGGACAGCAACAUGACAAGAGCAUAUCAAUGGUGAAGAAAGGGAAGGGGUUGGCUUUUUAAUUUAUUUUUCUUCAUCUUUUAUAACAAGAAAGUAUCUAUAUAUACAUAUGUAAAUAUUUAUAUAUAGAUAUAUGUAGCUUUUUAUGUGUGUAGUAGGUUGGCUUUAAUUUAAUAUACUUGAUUCCAAAACAAAAUGAUAGAGUACAAAAGUGCCAAGCAGAACAUCAGACAUCCUUACUUUUAUUUCACACAGUUUUAUAUAGAGAAGAUUGUACAAUGUGAGCAGGGUGUUAGGCCAGCUGUUUUCCUUUUGCUGUGCUUUCUCCUUUGAGAGAUUGACAAAGCAUUUGUUAACCUCCUAUUAUUUUCCCUUAAUUACAUUUUUGUAACAAAGAAGUUUGUAACUUUAUUUAUACCUGUGAAUAUAUUUCCAGGGACUAGUCUCAAUGUUGAGCAGCUUUGACUACAUCUCUGCCUGAGGAGAAAGUACAGUGCAGUGCUCCUGCUGAGAGCUUGUUCUUCACAGUAACUGCACGAAGCCCGUGGCUGCCUCUUUCUGUUACUUCAGAGCUAGAGCCAUUGCAUUUAUUAACGUCCCUGAGUAGAUGUAAAUUACCAGUUGUGGUUUUACACAUAAAGGCCAGAAGCAAUCAAGGCAGACAUGGUUUAUCUUAGAGUACUGAAGAGCACCUGAAAUAAUCAUGAACUGCUUAGAAUGUUUGAUUCAUUACAUGGGUAAAUAAAUUUGUCAUGAAACUUACGUUUGAAACAUAAAUUUCCCUUGUUUCAAAAGACUGGCAGCUGAUCUAAAAAAACUGGUGAUACUUAAUGUGCACGUAUCUGAAAACCCACAUAUGUGAUUUAAAUGGGAUAAAUGUUAAUCUGUAUGCCACAGAAGAACAACAUUUUAUCUGAACUUAAUCACAAGGCAUAGAGAGUGCAUGAUGGUUUUCUUUUUGAUUUGCCCAUAUUUGUAAUGGAUGAUAACAAUAUUUGUGUGAUUUAAAAGUAGUUUAUCACGUUCCGUCAUUUGAUAUUAUCCCUUCCCUUUUCUGCAAGGUACUGUUGGCUGGAAGAAAACAUUUUGGUUAGCUUUCUAGGACAGUAGUCUUUCCCUAUAUGGUUUUUCUGUAAAAACUGGUUUUAUAAUCAUAGAAAAGAGCAGGUUGAAUCAAGGUGAAUGAAUCUUAAAUUGGGCACACCUGCCUGCCAUGGCUGUUCCUUCAGCUGAGUGCUGCACAUCAGGGGCUCUGUCUGUAAGAGAAAAAUCCCGGUGCUUGGUGUCCUUGCAUGACAUGGAGUUUUGCAUGUAGAUCAAUUUAAAAUGUACCUCUUGUUUACAUAAUUUGCAUAAUUUAAAAAGAUAAUGUUGCCAAACUUUGGAAAUGUUAAUGUUCAAACUGAAAAUCUCCACUACAUGUAACUUUCUUCCUCUGGAUCAGUACGUGGUUUAUAAUCCCAGCCAGUGGUUUGAUCUGUUCCAGUGUCAACUGCCAUGUGCUCUGCUUCAAGGGGAAACUAGUCUUUUGUGAAUUUUUUGUACAUAAGUAUUUGUUACAAAUAUUUUAGCAAAUGCUUUCUAUUUCUCUUGCUUGUGCAUAUCUUGGCUGGCGUUACAGAAAAAUAGUGCAAACAUCAUUUCCUUACUGGGGAGUAAAGGUUUUUCUUUUUUUUAGAGUGGGUGGGGGAGGGGUGGUUUAUGUUGAAUGUUUAGUUUUUCUUCUGCAUGAAACAUCUUGUGGGAUCUUUAGAAAACUUCAUACUGUAUGAAUAAGAAAAUAAACUAUUUGAAACUUG